UUUGUUGUUCAGCAAAAAUGGCGUCAGCGUCUAUCUAACAGAUUGCGUUUGGCUAGUAAAAUGCAACGUGUCGUAGAUAUAAUCAAAGCUAGUAAAUAUGCACUCGUGGACGAGAAGAAUACGAAUUAGUUAGCUAUAUGAAGGAAGCUGUCAAAAGAACAAUUUGAUAUUUAUAUAUGUUCGGCGUGUUUACUUCGAUCGGCCUAAAAUUAUUCAACGAAGGGAGGGGUAGGUAAUUUACUACAACUCCCAUCAGCACUCUCGCGGCUGUGUCAAGCGGUAAACCCCGCUUUGGUGCAUGCCGGUAGAUGUAGUUUUAUGCCAUUCUUUGGGUCUUGGCCUCACUGAACACCGCAGUCCCCCAAUUCCCCGGCCUCUCAGGGACGGAGAGAGGGAGGGAACGCUGUGGAAAUGUUUGCAGUGCAUGGGAACGGACAGCACGCCAAACGGACGGCCACCAGCAGGGAGGCGUCUGCCCCGGAGUCCUCGCUGAGCUGGUGUCUGACGCAGCUCUCCAAAGCUGGACCUGCAGCGAGUGCCCAGACGGAUGGAGGGGGGCAGCCGGACCGCGGGGGAGAGGAGCGGGCGAAGGAGGCAGAGCGGCGGGCUCAAGCCGGGCUGUGGCGAGCGCUGGUGGCCAUCCGCACGCGGCACAUCAAAGGCGGCAGCGCCGGGAUCGCGCGCUACCGGGCUCGCGGCGGACUGCCACCGCUCCUCGAGGUCCUCCGCCACCCGGGCUGUCAACGCAAGACCCAGGACCUGGUGCUGAGCAUCCUGGCCAACUGCUGUACGGAGGGCGAGAGCCGCACACAGGUGCGGAAACUGGGAGGAAUUGGCCACGUGGUGGCCAUUCUGAAGAACGUUCCGGUUGAUUCGGUCCAGAACCGAGCCGCUCGGGCCCUUGGGAACCUGGCCAUGGACCCGCAGAACUCCGCCCUCAUCCACUCGGCCGGUGGUGUUGCUCCCCUCAUCCUCUGCCUUUCUCCUCCUUCCUCCUCCUCCUCCUCCUCCUCCUCCACUUCCUCCUCCCCUUGCCCGGCCCCCGCGGCCACGCCCUGCCCCAAACUGGAGUGCGCCCAGUCGGCGGCCCGCGCCCUGCUCUACCUCUCGGACACCCCGGCCAACCGGCUGUCCGUGCUGUCCCAGGGGGCCGUGGCCGCCCUGGCCCUGCUGCUGGGGCCCGAGCACCCCGCCGGGCUCCGCCGGGCCUCCCUGCGGGCCCUGGGCGAGCUGACCCGCGGCUGCACCCCCGAGUGCGCCCGGGAGGUGUCCCGCAGCGGGGCGCUGGCCCAGCUGGCCGCCCUGGCCCUGGACCCCGGGGCCCCGGCCCUGGCGGAGGCGGCCCUGAGGACGCUGGCCGGCCUGUGCGCCCAGGGCUGCCUGCGCCCCCUGGUGGGCUCCCUCGGGGUGAUCGGCAAGUUCACGGAGGAGGUGAAGCGGUCGGGGGCCAAGUCGGGCCCCUUCCUCCGGGCGCUCUGCCUGUGCUGCAAGGAGGCGGUGAACCGGGUCAAGGUGAAGGAGAGCGGCGGCCUGGAGGCCCUGAUUGGCUUCCUCUCGGCCAAUCAGAGCCACCCGCUUUCCCGAUUGGCCGUCCUGGCCUUCGUCGACUUCGUCUACGACGAGUCAGCCAUGGAGCAGCUCCAGGGGCUGGGCCUGGUGCCGCUGCUGGUCUCCCGAUUGGUCGCUCUGGCUAAAGGGGAGGAGACGGCCGGCGGGGAGGCGGACGCGGCCCUGCCGUCCUCCCCGUCAGAGCUGAUGGACACGUCCUGCUUCGACUCGUUUGACUUCCCCCCUCCCGAGGGCCACAGGAGGGAGGAGGCGGGGAAGGAACCGGGCCAAGGCUCAUCCAGCUUCCUCAGUUUGAGGUCCUGGCUGCUGUCCGAGGGACUGAUCUCCUGCGAGGGAGAGCUGCUGUCUCCUUCAGGAGGCGGAGAGGGGAGCUGGAGCAGCCUGUGCGCCUCCUUCUCUCCCCCCGCUCCCCUCUCUGAGGGGCCGUCCCCUUUAGCGUGCCCCUCUCCCACCCUGGCGGUCCCGCUGCACUCCUCCAGCCCCGUCUGCCAAGCGCCCCUCACCCCGGGCCCCGCCCCCAGCCCUGGCCCCACCCCUGCCCCCGCCUCCGCCCCCACCCCUGCCACCACCCCUGCCCCCGCCUCCGCCCCAACCCCUGCCGCCACCCCUGGCUCCGCCCCUGCCCCCGCCUCCGCCCCCACCCCUGCCCCCACCCCCCCCCCUGCCACCACCCCUGGCUCCGCCCUCCCGUCUUCAUACCACAAAAGAGCGGCCGCGUCUGCCUCCACCCCUCUUCCCCCUCCCCCCUUGGCCCUACAGCAGUCUCCCCACAAGCCCGUCUCCUCGCCCCCCUCCCAGCCUUCCCCUCCUCCCAAAAAACAGCCCCAGACCCGCUCCGGCGCCCCCUCUAGCGCCCCUCCUCCCGAUACCCCUCCCGGGCCCCCGUACCAGCACCCGUACCACCCCGAGCCCUGGACGAGCGAGUCCCCGAUCCUCCUCCUGCUGUCCCGCUUCUCGCAGUCCAUGGACCCCAGCGCGGCGCUGGUCCACUCGGGCGUUCUCCCCGGCCUGCUGUGUUACCUCACUCAGCGCCAGGACCCCAGCGCCAGGUGCUUCCGCAUGCUGGGCCGCCUCAGCUGCAACCCAAACUGCCUGCAGGGGCUGGUCCGGACCGGGGCGGCGGUUCUCCUCCGGCUCCGCCUCUGUCUGAGAGAGGGUCUGAAGGAGGGGGACAGACAGACGGACAGGGUUAAGGCCAGCACGCAGCAGCUGGGUAAGGCUCUGCUCAAUAACCUGCGCUUGCAGUGUGAGUCCAGCUUCGGCUCUGGGGUGCUGAGCCACAUCAUGCUGUCCGGUUCUGAUACAGACAGGCUGUACUGUACCCUCAGCUUGCCCCUGUUAACCAGUAACAAGCUCCUGCAGAAGAAACUCCUCCUGGACAACGGAGGCUUGCAGUCUGCUUUGGAACACAUAGGUUGGCAUGACGACAGUAAGGACCACACCCUUGGAUUCUGGAAGUCUCUCGCGAGUUGGCUGCACCCCCCUCAGCCCGCCACUCCAGGACGUCUGUGUUCUCUCUACUUCCUCCUCCUCUCAGAGUGUCUCUCCUGUUUGAUGGGACCGUCCAGACUGGACCCGAACAAGCAGCCGAGCUCCUGGUUGGGCUCUGCGACUGGUGCGGGCGUGUCACAGAACAACGUUAGCGUCCCGCUAAUCUCCGAAAGUCCCUCGCCCCCUCCCUCUAAAAAGCCGUGCCUCGCCUGCCCCUACCUGGACUCGGACUUUGACGUGGUCUUCCUGCUGGACGACGGCAGUCGGUUUGCGGCCAGUGAGGACGCCGUCGCCGGGGGCGAUGGGUCAGAAAGGGUCGGGUCGGAGUAUUUCCGGGCCUUGCUGAAGGGGGGGUUUGGGGAGGCACAGAGGAGGAGUGGGGAGGGGAUCCCCAUAAGGGAUGUAACAGCCCAAAUGCUGCUGCCUGUCUUACACUACCUACAUGGGUGUUGCGUGUCUCCCAGAGAGGAGAUGGGUACAGUUGGGCAGAUUGAGGGACAGAAGGGGACUGGGGGCAGUAGGCCACGUGGGCACUGUGCGGUUUUGGGAUCUCUUGCAGUGGGGGGACUGGGGCAGAGUAGCUCAGAGGAGAGGGAGGGGUUCCAGAACAGCCCCUUAGCCGAAGCCAUGGUGGGGGCCAGCAUGUUUUUGGUGUCCGGGCUGCAGGAGGAGCUGGAGGCCUUGUGCGUGUCCCUGCUCCAGUCCCACAGUGUUUCGCGGCCCAUCUCCGUGACCUCCGAGCCUGAGGCACGGCUCGUGUCUAAAGCUGACUGUCGGCUCCAACCAAACACGCCCGAGUCCGCGGGCCGGAGGGGGCCGGAGUCCGCGUGUGGGAGGGGGAGCGGGAAAGAUUUGAGCUCCGACCCAGACGGUGACGUUGUGGCACCGGUAGAAUCCAGGAAGCAGGCUGUGGGCUCGGGGGUGCAGCAGGGACACUCAGCCAACCAGCAGGGCCAACUGCAGCCCAGGAGCGAGCUCGUCAUGGGGAAAGCGCCGGAAGUGGGAAUAAGAAGAAAACCGAACACUCCGUGUGUCUUAAAUUUGGAAUUGAGGGCAAAGCGUAGCAUAGGAUCUGCCUUUAAGGCUAGCGAUGUCCACCUGGACUCUAUCGUAGCAUGGGGAUCUGCAACAAGAUUAGAUUCUGAACUGCUAUCAGAAUCUGACAACCUAGAUAGUGGAUUGCUAGAGCAAGCAAGGUCAGGUUCUCCCACAAGGUUAAAUUGCCAGCUUUUGCUUGAGGGUGUAGCAGAUGCUGCUGCAGGUUCUGAAGCAUCAAGCAACUCUGAACCGCCACCUGGAGCUCCAACAGUGGAGAGGGGUACAGAGUUGGCCAGCAAUGAGGAUGUCAGGCCUUGGUUGGGUUCAGGGGAAAGCUCACAUGAUAGUCCAGGUGCAGGUUCCGCAACCAAGCCAGUUGACGUAAUGAAAACCGAAUUAAACUCUGGGUCUAGAUCACGUUCGGAAUCGGGCAGUGUGUCAGGAAUGAAGCUCGACUCGGGUUGCAAGUGGUCAUCAGAUCCAGGCCCAGAUUUCAUCACGGUUGAUAAAAUAACCUCUCACUUUCACUUUGGUCCAAGUCAGGACUCAGAACCAGGCUUGAAGCCACUUUCUGGUUUGUGGCGAACAUCUGCACUGGACCAUAAAACGGAGAGACUCUCACGGGCUAUGUCCAAAUCCUGCUGCCUGUCGGAUCGCAGUCCUGGCACGGAGUCAGGCUCCGCCCCCCAGAAAGACGGUGCUCCUGAUUUAAAGGCAGACCCUCAUAGUCCAGAUCCUACAGCGGAACCAGGCAACACGUCUCCUAUAAGAUCAGGCCAGGCCUCUGGAUCACAGUCUCGACAGGACUCGAAAGCAUCCAGUCCGUCAGACCUUAAAUUAGCCAAACCCUCAGGGCCCAAAUUAGAUUUGAGCUCAAGGCUUGAAAGCAUGCCAGGCACAGGACGUGGCUCUCCCGCAGCCCCGGGUCGGGCACCCCGCCCCAUGCCAGAUACGGAUCGUGAGUGGCAGUCCCUUGUCGCCGUCCUCCCGGAACUCUACCGUUUCUCACAGCUCCAUAACUACCUUCGCUUGCGUCAGAUGUGCCUCUCUGUGUUGCUGUGGCAACAGAGGACCUCACCCCAGCUGCCCCUCUCCCUGGCUGCGGACUGUUUGUCUAAGCUGGCGCGUAGGUCGCACUGCAUCGAGACCCUAAAACGAGACAUCCUGCUUCUGGUGACUCUGGCGCUGAGCUGAGGUCGCAACGGAAGUGACGUGUUUUUCCACAGGUUAGCUGGUGAGUUGCGAGUAAAUGCCAUUGUGUGUCGAUUAUAUACCAGUGUAAUCAUAUGUACACGCGCGUCUGUGUCCUUUCUUUGCAAGGGGCCAACUGUUAAGAGGUGUGCUGUCAGGCAGUGGGACUGGUUCCCAUCGGAGAAUAGGCGGCUGGACUGUGUUGCUCAAGACGCAGCGCCAGUAGUGCUUGCGGGGACUCUGUGCCGCCGGGAGGUUGCAGGUUUCAGUCCCAGGAUGGGGCACAGUCAUCGUACCGUGGAGCUGGGUAUUCCACCCGAAUUGCUUCUGAAAAAAUCAAGCUGUGCAAAUGGACUGAAGCCUGUAAAAGUGUGUACUUCAUCAAUGGACCUGCUUAAGAAGACAUGGAAUCACACACACUGCAGCACUUACUAGUCUUGCAUUUAUGUUUGUAAAAAGGGUUAUUGGAAUCAAGUAUAAUUAAUAACAGGGACAGAAUAAUAUGAUUUUUAGUUUUGUUCAGUAAACGGAGUCCCAGAUACAUUAGUUAAAUGACACGCACAAUCACGUUUGGGCCAAAUGCUCUUGUUCAAAUUGUAAUACAGAUCGUUCUAAAAUAGAGAGAAGAUGGGGUUGGAAAAAUUAUGAUAUUGUCUCCCAUUAUCAGUUUAUUCUCUCAAUAAAUAUGCUAAUCUAUAGCCCA